CUACCUUCGCGCUAAGAAAUAAGCGUUUAUCCCCUCCCGACUGCGUUUUCAUGUACGGUCUAUGCGGCAAGCAUUACGCGUACAUAUUUAUAACGUACUACGCCUCGGCCGACGAAGCAUCUCGUGAGUCUGUUAUCCGAUCACAUCACAAUGGUUUCGACCUUUGUGCUAUUAUUGACAGCUCUGGGCGUCAUCUGCGUUCUGAAAAUUGCCUCUGUGAUACAUCGGAUGUAUUUUUACUGGAAAAAUAAGGGUAUACCUUAUAUGCCAAAUUCACUAUCGUCUUUUGUGAUGUCUUGGAAAGUGCUUUUGGGCUACAUUUCUUUCGCCGAUUAUAACCAGUACGUGUACAAUUAUUUCCCAAACGCUAAAUAUUUUGGGGCAAAUAGUCUUGGCACUAGUACCAUAUUCUUACGCGAUCCCGAGCUGAUUAAAGACACAUUGGUGAAGGAUUUUGAACAUUUUCCGGAUCAUGUCACUUUCGUUGAUGAAAACAUAGAACCGCUGUUUGGUAAAAACAUCUUUUCCUUACGUGGAGACCGUUGGAGAAAAAUGAGGAAUACGCUAAGCCCUUCAUUCACCGCCAGCAAGAUGAAGUUCAUGUUCGAUUUGGUAUCCAAGUGUUCUUACGAUUUCGUUAAUUAUUUGUUCGAUCAUCCAGAGCUCUGUCGUGAGAUCGAAACGAAGGAGGCCUUUGCACGAUACACCAACGAUGUAAUUGCUACUGCAGCCUUUGGAAUAAGUGUGAAUUCCAUGAAGGAUCGAGACAAUGAGUUCUAUUUAAGAGGAACGGAGGCUGCCAGUGGUUUCUCUGGAGUGUUAACGAUAGUUAAGAUGAUAGUCUUACGUUCGAGUUCAUGGCUUUUUCAAUUAAUGGGUCUAUAUUUUUUCUCGCCGGAGUCGUCCAAGUUUUUUAAGAAGAUCGUAACGGAAACUAUUAGAGAACGAGAAGAACGUGGUAUCGUCAGACCGGAUAUGAUCCAUUUGCUAAUGCAGGCUCGAGACAAGGACAGUGCUAGUGUAUCCAAAAUGACAUUAGAUGACAUCGUUUCGCAAGCCUUCAUCUUUUUCUUGGCCGGCUUCGACACCUCGUCGACCCUGAUGUGUUUCCUUGUUCACGAACUAGCGCUUAAUCGAGAUAUUCAAGAUCGUCUGCGCGAGGAGAUACUGCAGCAUCUUUCCGAGGGAAACGGUGAGAUUUCUUACGAAGCACUGUCGAAGAUGUCUUACAUGGAUAUGGUGGUUUCCGAGACUCUUCGAAAAUAUCCACCGGCAAUCUUUCUCGAUAGACUUUGUAAUAAGAAAUACGAACUUCCUCCAGCGCAACCAGGCAGUAAAAGUGUUAUUCUCGAACCUGAUACUGUAUUGAUGUUUCCCGCGUAUGCUUUACAUCGCGAUCCGAAAUAUUUUCCGAAUCCGGAUAAGUUCGAUCCUGAGAGAUUCAGCGAGGAGAACAAGGACAAUAUUUUACCAUACACUUAUCUACCAUUCGGUCACGGGCCUCGAAAGUGUAUCGGCAAUCGAUUUGCACUUAUGGAAACGAAGAUCCUGAUAGCUCAUCUUUUACAAAAGUUUACUUUAAAGACUGUAGAGAAAACUGUCGAACCUGUUGUAUAUUGUAAAAAUGAAUUUAACUUGAGAGCUGUUGACGGAUUCUGGAUUGGCAUGGAGAAAAGAGAAAUGUGAAAGUCUUAUGACAGGUACCUAAUUCUAUAACAUAAUUGUGUUUGUAAAAACAUUAUUAUAAACGUAAUAAUGUUUUGAACAUUAACUAUUUAUUCUACAUUUUCCAAAGACGAUUGACGUGUACAAUAAGAUUUUUGCAUCGUAUGCCAUUAUCAUUCAAUGCACCAACUGAAUGACUAAGUUUUUUACUAACAAGAAAUGAACAAAAUAUGAUAAAUAUUAUUAAUUGCUUAGACGUAUGCUUAGUUGUAUAACGUCCAGUUGUCGAGGAGUAACAGAAUAGAAAUGAUAAAGCUGGUAUAGUUAAUUCUUUAUAUGUGUUAGAGCAAUUAGUUUAUAGUGCGAACGUCUAUCUUAUUAUUUAUAUUUUUGAGACAGUUUCUCUAUUUUUAGUUCAAAUUACUUUUAUUUAAAAAGUCGUCAAUAAUGAUAUUACAAAUGCCAUAUAGUGACAAACGCGAAAUAAAAUUAUUAAUGACUGACUUAUUCAAGGCAUAAUAAAUUCACAAAGA